CAUCAAUUACUCUUAAUAAAAUGAAUCAAUUACGGAACAGGUCGUAUAACAGCUCAAUAUGAAUAAUGGACUUUGACCGUAAGUGACCGCGAGAGACAGGACACACAUCAAAGUACCAAGUCCCCACGGACCAGUCUUUUUUACAUCACGAAAAUUGUCCCUAUUUUUUAUAAUCAUUUCUUUGAUUUAAAAAAACAUAAAAAAAACGAAAAUGUCUGAAAACGUGAGCCCUAUUAAGUAUUUCCUGAGUGGAGGAUUUGGAGGAAUCUGCACAAUUGUUACCGGUCAUCCUCUCGACACAAUAAAAGUCCGACUUCAAACUAUGCCUAGGCCAGGUCUAAAUGAAUCUCCAUUGUAUAAAGGGACAUUGGACUGUGCCAAAAAAACGAUUUCCAAAGAAGGAUUUACUGGUUUAUACAAAGGCAUGGCUGCACCACUCGUUGGAGUUGCGCCAAUAUUUGCCAUGAGCUUUUUGGGCUAUGGAUUAGGAAAAAAAUUGCAGCAAAAAUCUCCGGAUGAAAGACUGACACUCCCGCAAUUAUUUUACGCUGGAGCUUUCAGCGGAAUUUUUACAACUUUAAUCAUGGCUCCAGGAGAAAGAAUUAAAUGUCUUUUACAAAUUCAACACGGAGAAGCGAAACCAAAAUACAAUGGUCCCGUAGAUGUCGUAAAACAACUCUACAAAGAAGGAGGAAUCCGCAGUAUUUACAAAGGAACUUGCGCCACUCUUCUAAGAGAUAUGCCAGCCUCGGGUAUGUAUUUCAUGACUUAUGAAGGACUCCAGAGGCUGAUGACUCCCGAUGGCGAAAAGCUUGGAUUAAUCUCGACGAUAUUUGCGGGUGGUUUUGCAGGAAUUGCCAACUGGAUUGUUGGAAUGCCUCCCGAUGUUUUAAAAAGCAGACUGCAAACAGCACCUGAGGGAAUGUACAAAAGAGGAAUUCGUGAUGUCUUUGUUCAUUUAAUGAAAGAGGAAGGACCUCUCGCACUUUACAAGGGUGUUAUUCCCGUAAUGCUUCGAGCAUUUCCGGCGAAUGCUGCCUGUUUCCUCGGUUUUGAAAUGUCUAUGCGAUUCUUCAAUUGGGCUACGCCCAACUUGUAAUGUAUUUUUUUAUUUUUAUUUUUUUUUUUCUGAAAAUACUGAAUUGUUAGUUUUCAAAAUAGGAGAAAAAUUUUCUCCUCCCUGAAAGAAGAAAUAAUCUUCUUUCCAAAAUAUCCCCGAAAAAUCGGGUUCAAUCAAAUUUGAAAGCUUUUGAGUCUGAAUGAGGUUUUUUCUUAGCUACCUUCGAAACUCGAAAGUUGUUUAAAUUCUGAUGAUUUGAAAAUCAGGGUGCUUCCAAAAAACUUUUUUAAAUUCAUUUUCAAUAGAUCGAAUUAUUUUAAGAUGAAAAUAUGAAAGUACCGAAUCAAAUGUUUAUUUUACGUUGAAGAUUUAAUGAUAGAGGCUUGUCAUUAUGUCAUAUCUUUUUAGAAUUUUUUUGUGGGAUCAAUAAUGAGUUUUGGAAAUGAAAAAUAGAAUUUAUUAGAAUUUAAAACGGCUGCAAAAUUUUAUAUCUAGCCUGAAUUUUUUUAUUCUGCGUUAGUUUUAUAUCCCUCUUUUCAUGAAUUCAUGGAAUUUAGGUAAGAAAAUAAAAAUAUUUUUAUGUAAGUAGGUGUAAAAUAGAAUUUAUUGUAAAAACUCACAAUGCGGAUGGUGACGAUUCGAAUACUGCCAUAAUCUUUGAUGUAACUUUUACGAAAGUAAAUGUAUGAAUUUUG